CGCGCACCUUCAUUCCCGGGCCGCGCGCCCCGACGCUCGCGAAGGCUCGGCGCGCCGGCCGUCCUCGGGCGCUCGGGGGACCUGCGGGACGCGCGGCCGCCUGCGGGGCCAGCGGUGCAAGCCCGGGAGAGCCCGGGAGGCCGGCGGUGAGAUAUUUCAACAAGGAAGAAAUCACUUUCCUCCUAAGAUGGAAUCUGUGAUUUGGGAAUGUGGUUGAUCGACUUGAUAUGCUGGCCAGAUGUGCCCCAUGUAAUAAAAUGAAAAGAAGAUACAAGAUGAUGUCAUUUUCCCGUAUUGUGAAACCAAAAACAAAUGCCUUUUGUGAGACCAGGUUAACAGACCUCUGACAGUACAAGGAGUUUCUAACUGCGGAGCCCAGCAGAUACAGAAGGGGCACUUUCGAGCUGAGACCUGAAGGCGUAUACUGAUCUAACACACAUGUUGUAAAUCUGAUCAGCCUCAUUCAGCCCCAGGAAGAAUGGCCAUGAGCUGGAUUGUCUUUUGUCUUUGGCUCUUGACUGUGUUUGUGGGGCAGAUAGGUGGGCACAGUUUGUUUUCUUGUGAACCUAUAACCUUGAGGAUGUGCCAAGAUUUGCCUUAUAAUACUACCUUCAUGCCUAAUCUUCUGAACCAUUAUGACCAACAGACAGCAGCUUUAGCAAUGGAGCCAUUCCAUCCUAUGGUGAACCUGGAUUGUUCUCGGGAUUUUCGGCCGUUUCUUUGUGCACUCUAUGCUCCUAUUUGUAUGGAAUAUGGGCGUGUCACACUUCCCUGUCGUAGGCUGUGUCAGCGUGCGUAUAGCGAGUGUUCAAAGCUCAUGGAGAUGUUUGGUGUCCCUUGGCCUGAAGAUAUGGAAUGCAGUAGGUUUCCAGAUUGUGAUGAGCCGUACCCCCGGCUUGUGGAUUUGAAUUUAGUUGGAGAUCCAACUGAAGGAGCCCCAGUUGCAGUGCAGCGGGAUUAUGGUUUUUGGUGUCCCCGAGAGUUGAAAAUUGAUCCUGAUCUUGGCUAUUCCUUUCUGCACGUGCGAGAUUGUUCACCACCAUGUCCCAAUAUGUACUUUAGGAGAGAAGAACUGUCAUUUGCUCGUUAUUUCAUAGGCCUGAUUUCAAUCAUCUGCCUCUCUGCCACGCUGUUCACUUUUUUAACCUUUCUGAUUGACGUCACAAGAUUCCGUUACCCUGAAAGACCUAUUAUAUUUUAUGCAGUCUGCUACAUGAUGGUGUCGUUAAUUUUCUUCAUUGGGUUUCUUCUUGAGGACCGAGUAGCCUGCAAUGCAUCCAGCCCUGCACAGUAUAAGGCUUCCACAGUGACACAAGGAUCUCACAACAAAGCCUGUACCAUGCUUUUUAUGGUACUCUAUUUUUUCACUAUGGCUGGCAGUGUAUGGUGGGUAAUUCUUACCAUCACAUGGUUUUUAGCAGCUGUGCCAAAGUGGGGUAGUGAAGCUAUUGAGAAGAAAGCAUUGCUGUUUCAUGCCAGUGCCUGGGGCAUCCCCGGAACUCUGACUAUCAUCCUUUUAGCGAUGAAUAAAAUUGAAGGUGACAAUAUUAGUGGCGUGUGUUUUGUCGGCCUGUACGAUGUUGAUGCAUUAAGAUAUUUCGUUCUUGCUCCCCUCUGCCUGUAUGUGGUAGUUGGGGUUUCUCUCCUGUUAGCCGGCAUUAUAUCCCUAAACAGAGUUCGGAUUGAGAUCCCAUUAGAAAAGGAAAACCAAGAUAAGUUAGUGAAGUUCAUGAUCCGCAUCGGUGUUUUCAGCAUUCUUUACCUUGUACCACUCUUGGUUGUAAUCGGAUGUUACUUUUAUGAGCAAGCUUACCGCGGCAUCUGGGAAACAACAUGGAUACAGGAACGCUGCAGAGAAUAUCACAUUCCGUGUCCAUACCAGGUCACUCAGAUGAGUCGCCCAGACCUGAUUCUCUUUCUGAUGAAGUAUCUGAUGGCUCUCAUAGUCGGGAUCCCCUCUGUAUUUUGGGUUGGAAGCAAAAAGACAUGCUUUGAAUGGGCCAGUUUUUUCCAUGGUCGGAGGAAAAAAGAGAUAGUGAAUGAGAGCCGGCAGGUGCUCCAGGAACCUGACUUUGCUCAGUCACUCCUAAGGGACCCAAAUACUCCUAUUAUAAGAAAAUCAAGAGGAACUUCCACUCAAGGGACAUCCACACAUGCUUCUUCAACUCAGCUGGCCAUGGUGGAUGAUCAAAGAAGCAAAGCUGGGAGUGUCCACAGCAAAGUGAGCAGCUACCAUGGCAGUCUCCACAGGUCACGUGAUGGCAGGGCCUUGCACAUGGUACACGCCCUGCAGUUACCGUGGAAUGGAGGAGAGACUACCUCAUGGCAGCAUGUCACGGCUGACGGACCACUCCAGGCACAGCAGUUCUCACCGGCUCAACGAGCAGUCACGACACAGCAGCAUCCGAGACCUCAGUAACAACCCCAUGACUCACAUCACACACGGCACUAGCAUGAACCGUGUCAUCGAAGAGGAUGGCACCAGUGCUUAGUCUUGUCUAAGGUGAAACGUUAGUCUUGGCCUUCGCAUGGCUGGCUGCUAUAACUCGCUGUCACCCAGCUUUCAGUUGGGCAGAGUAUGCCCACUGCGAAGGUAGAUCUUUGCUCUUUGUAUCACAUCAAACUUGGAACAUGAACACAUCCAAAUCAUUAAGAGUCAUGGCAUCACAAAAAUAAUUCUUUCUAGGUUGUGAAGAGAUGAUUGUCUGGUAAACAUUUUUAUAAACCCACUUAUUUUAUAUUUAGAGAAAUCCUAUAUGUGUGGUGACUGCUUUGUAGUGAACUUUCAUAUAAUAUAAACUAGUUGUGAAAUGACAUUCUGGUAGCUCUGUUAAUAAAACAAAGUUUCAGAAUUACAGAAAAUUUCUAUGCAAGGUUUAUUUCUCAGAUGAAUACUAGGACUUUGUAGGUUUAUUUCCACUGAGUGAAAAUAAAGGAACUGUUUUUAAACUGUAGAAGACUUUGAUAAGCCAGCAAGGGUAUUUUAGGUAAUAGGAUAACAGUGCCACAAAAGGUAAUGGUUGGCCUAUAGAAGGUUCUCUCAAAGUCUGUCUGUCUUCCCCCAGAGAUAUUUACAAUUUGGAUUAGUACUGGAGUAAAGGCAGAGAUGAGCACUUCCCCUGUAGUUGUAUCAUUUUUUUACUUUUGUAAAUAUUGCUUUUAUGGGCUAUGUUUUUAUAAUAUCCAUAUGCAUGAUAGAAAAAUUUUAAUUUGUGGUCAUUUUCUCCCAGGAUAUAGUAUUGAUUCAUAGACAACUUCAUGUUCAGAUAUGUUCUGUGGAGGCAUGCAGUAAGAUAAGCAUCACACAUUAUAAGGGUUUUUAGUGGUAAACAAAGUACAAAAUGGCAACAUAUUUUCUCUGUAUUCAUUGUUGUAUUUUUCUACAGUGAGAUGUGACCUUGCCAAAGCCAUCAGACCUUGUUAUCCAGGCCCUCCUGUAGUGAGCUGAUUGUCUGCACUCACAUUCCCCAGUAGCCAAUUGACUACAGCUUUUGUCCUACAUCCCUAUUUUCAGUUUCUGGAUUAUUGUUGUUUACAUCAAAAAUAUGUAAUCUAAGUCCAAAAUGGCAAUUAAUUUGGGUUUUUGGAAAUCACUGUAGCUAAGUGAAGCAUGGUUACUCUUUCUGUGAAUACCUAUUAGUCCUAAAAAUAUCAAGUAAAAACUCUUGACAUUUUAUCUUGUAAUGCUUAAAUGACUUAGGAUAUGAACUGUGAACUUCAUUGGGUAUGAAACUGAGUGGAAAGAAAUAUUCUGGAAAAUGCUAAUAUGUUACUCAGAAAAUGCAAGUGAUCCUCGGCCCUGAUUGCAGGUAUGAAUCAUUCUGGAAAUUCUUGAUAGCCAACGCCUUUCUCUCAGAUGAGAGUUGAUGCUUUAAAAACAAACACCUUUCCAGGUGAUUAUUAGUGUAGCCAGGCUUGAAGCCCAUUCUUUUAAGCUCGAUUUUCCCUAACGAUGGGCUGAUGCCAUCACAUUCAGUCAUGGGAAAACCGGGCCAGAUUCAGUGAUACACUUUACGUUGUUACCUGAUACACAGUUGUUUCUUUAUUACAAUCCAUUAUAAAAUGCGGAAUUCUCAGCUCUCAGCUCUAGAGAUUCUUACUCAAUAAAUUGAAGGCAGUGGGAUUUUAUAAAUCUGUAUUUCUAAAAAUGCCACAGAAGAUUCUUAGCAGGUUAUCCAAGAAUCACACUCAGAAAAAAAAAAAAAUUUUUUUUUUCUAGACUCUGGAGAGGCCUGGCUUUGCCAUAUGCUAGUUUUUAACUUUGAACAAGUCAACCUCCUAGAGCCUAGCUCCCUUGUUUGAAGAUGAAGAUAUAUCUCCUCUACCUACCUCACAAAGUUGUCAAAUUAAGAUCAAAUAAGAACAACCAUCUGGAAGCUCUUUGAAACUGUGAAGCAUUAUGAAAUAUGUGGGAUUAAGAUUCUUGAGGACUAAGGAGCUUCCUUUGAGGUCUACUACAGUACAUUUCUUGACACAGGCCAAUUCAUGUGUCUGCAUCUCUCGCCCUUUAACACUAAGAGCGCCCACAUGACAGAAGAGCCAAUUUUCCGGUAGUCAUGAUUUAUUUGUGUCAUGUUGCUUCUUUGAAGUAUGUAUCAGUAGGAAAUACCCAUACUUCAUAAGACACAUGUGGGCAUUUGGCCCCAAAUGUUUUCUCUUUCCUCUGUCCUCCUAUCUUUCUCGUUGGAACUGGAGUGGCCACUCAGAGAGGCUGGAAGUCCCUUUUUACUGAUAAUUAGUAAACCCUCCUUAAGCCUUACAAGGUACAACUGAUAACUUGUCUAUAAACAAAUCAAUAACUCACAAAGCCUCAGUCUGAGAAGCUCCGUAGAACAGCAUGAGCAACCAAAACAAACAUCCACAAACAAAAAUAGAAAAUUAAGAUAGAUGUGUACCAGUUUGAGCUCGAAAGACGUCUGUCACCGUCUGCAUUACUGCAGAUUGCCAAGUGUUAAUCAGUUGUCUUUUAAAAUGGGCCAAGUGGAGACAGUGAAGUGAACAUUGCCAUGAGAGUCUCACCUUUGUGCUUCCAGAUUUCAUGUGUACUUGCAUCUCCUCUUGCUUCAGCCAGUGGUGAUGUGUAUGUGAAUGUUGUUGGCCUUACAGUCACCUUCAGCCAUCAUUCCCUCAUUCUGCACAGUCUGCAUAAUGUUGUAACACUGUUCAGUUUGGGCCAUGUUCUUUAUCAUGCUAGUGUUCCAAGUUAAAAUUUUUUUUUUUUUUUUAAUUUGAAGAGACCAUUGAAGAACUAUCACAGACCAGUUGAUUUCAAAUCUUAACCUGCUCAAAUUGACUUGAACAAGUCUGGACAGUUUUCUUAACCAUAUGGGUAAUUUUAAUUUUGUUGUGAUUGGCAUUUGUUAAUACUGUUUUCUUUGUUCAGUUGACUACCAAGAAAAUGAUAGUUCCCUCUAAAAUGUUAGUAUAUUAUCAAAAGGGUUUUUAAAGUACUUUGAUUUUUAGCAAUAUUGUUUUAUUUGGUAAUUAGGCAAAAGAUCCAAGGCAGUAUUAAGCUCAAAACAGUAAUUUGUUUGAGAGAGCACUUGAUGAAUAACAGUUGGCACAGGGCUUAAUACAGAGUGAGUUCUCCAGUAAAUGUUUAAUGAACAACUAAAUAUAGGGCACCCAACCUAGACCAUGAGAAUGUUUGCAGAAUUGUUUUAAGCAGUUGUGUAUUUAAGAAUUCUUUUUCAGCUUCACACAAAAACAAAAUGCAAGGAAUAGGAGUUUUAGAGAACCUAGAUUUAUAAGUAAACUCAUGAUUCUUUUUGUUUGGUUGGUUUUUGGUUUUUCAAGACAGGGUUUUUUCCUAUGAAGCCCUGGCUGUCCUGGAACUCGCACUGUGGACCAGGCUGGCCUUGAACUCACAGAGCUCCACCAGUCUCUUCCUCCCAUCCUGGGAUUAAAGGCAUGUACCAUCACCACCUGGCUAACUCAUUCUUUUAAGCCUUUUUGUGACAACUGAGAAGAGGUUAGGGUUGGAGAAAUGGUUCAGUGGUUCAUUGUGCUUGCUGCUCUUUCAAAGGACCCCAACUCAUUUCCAGCACCCUGUGCGCACAGCUACCUGUAGUUCCAGCUCCAGAGAUCUAACACUGUCUUCUUGCUGCCUCUGACACAAACAUACAGAAUAAUGCUUAUCUUUCAAGAUCCAAUCUUCUGGAAAAAGAGCAAUAUUAAAAGCCUGUCCAGAGCCAACCAUCUUAGUAAACAUAGGUGUUUGGUUAACUUAUAAAGAGCAUACAUUAGUAAGUGUGUUUAUUCCUGUGUUCCCUAAUUAGAAAAUCUGGCUUUAAGUGCUGGAGAGAUGGCUCAGAUGUUAAAAGCACUGGCUGCUCUUCCAAAGGUUCAGUUCCCAGCAACCACAUGGUGGCUCCCAACCGUCUAUAAUGAGAUCUGGUGCCCUCUUCUGGUGUGCUGUAUAAAUAAUAAAUAAAUAAAUAAAUCUUGAAAGAAAUAGAAAGAAAAUCUGGCUUUAAAGAUUCUUUUUGUAAGUUUUCACUAAUAUUUUGGUCAAAGGCCAAGCCAGUAAAAAAACCCAUUCAGUUCAGUCUUUUUAAACCUGUUGAAAGAUAGUUAUCUUUAGCUUUUUAAGCAGCUACCUAGAAACCUAACUUACUCUUCUCAUGGAUUUUCUGUUGGUAUGGCAGAACUGUUUAUAAUUUAGUUUAUUAGACACAGCACCAUUUUCCUUUGGUUAAAAAUGUUUUUUACUUUUUAGUACUUCAAUUUUUUUUUUUUAAAUUUACCAGGAGUAGUAAUGCACACCUUUAAUCUCAGCACUGAGGAGGCUGAGGCAGGAGGAUUUCUGUAAGGUGUUGAGGCCAACCUGAUCUACAUAAGUGAGCCCAGGGCAGCCAGAACUAUAUAGAGAGGCCUUGUCUCAAAUAAACAAACAAAGAUUAACAAAUUUUUAUUUAUAAAGAUAAAUAUUUUAUUUAUAAAUAUUCAGUGUUCCAUCAUUCUGCUCAUUAACUAUUGAAUUAGUAUUUUUUUUCAAUCUUGCUAUAUUUCCUAAAGCAGACAAAUUUACUGUUUUAUUAGUAGUAUUGUGGCCUUAAGCUUUUGGUAUGUAAGCAGGCUUGUUCAUAUUUGAAAACUUGCAGGGGUUUUUUUUUGGGGGGGUUGUUUUGUGUUUGUUUUUUUAUUAUUAUGCUGACUGGCUUUUCAAAAUUUAGAUCUUAGUGGUUUUGUUUUAACCAGGCCUUAAUUAAUAACUAGUAAGAAUGCAUUGUGUUAUUUUUUAAAAUAUUCUAGGAUUUUGAGUCACAAAAGCUGAUACCUAGUCUUGCCUCUCCUUUCAACAGUCUUUACUUAAUCAGCUUACACAGCUAAGGCAACUUGAACUUAAGUUGACAGAUACUGAGAGAGGUGUUGCUAGUUGCUCUGUUGCAGUGUGAGGGCUCAAACUCCAGGACUCCCAGUGUUAGUAAAGUGUCCUCCCUCACAAAAUACCUCAGGCUGACCUGAAAGUCUUAGGUAUAUAUCCCAGUCUGGCUUCGAAUUUGUGGUUUUUUCCCCCUCUGCCAGACAAGUGCUGGGAUAUCGAGAGUGCCACCAUGCCCUAACGUAAGUGGUUGGUUGGUUGGUUUGUUUGUUUGUUUGUUUGUUUGUUUGUUUUAUCAAAGGAAAAUUAUAUUACAGAUAAUAAAAUUAAAAGAAGUUAUAAGUACCAGAGAUGGUUUUAAAUGAAAAAUAUCUUAAACAUCAACAUAAUACAUUGAUAAACAGAAAAGAAAUGACAUGAUAUUGUGUGGUCUUUGUUCUCUUAGUUAUGUAUGUAGGUAUUUAGUCAAGGCCUCAUACCAAAUGCAAUCUGUAGAGCUGUAGUGAGUUCAUUGGGAGAGCACCUUCCUAGCAUGUGUUCAAAAUAAAAUUAGUGAACUGAUCAGUUACAGCACUAGCCUCUUUGCUAAUUAAAAGGCUGUCAGCUUUUACCAACAUUCAUCUGAUUAUAAAAUCCAUUAUUAUUAUUAUUAUUAUUACUACUACUACUAUUCAUUUUUCUUUGUGAAGCCCUGGCUAUCCUGGAAUUCACUCUGUAGACAAGGCUGCCCUCAAACUCAGAGCUCUGUCUGUCUCUGCCUCCCGAAAGCUGGGAUUAAAGGUAUGCACAUACCACCACAGGAUUUAUUACAAAAUCUAAAAGAACUCAGAUAAAUUGAAUAGGAUUUUUCCAUUUAAUUGUUAUUCUUUAACUGCCUCCUCAUAUUCAUCAAAUACGUGCAUUUGCCAGAUUGCCACAGAAAAGUGAUUACCUGUUUUAAAGUAUUAGCAGGAUUGGCAUUUAGCCCCGCAAUAGACAGGGCCGUGAGUUCAGUCCCAGGUUUAAAAACAAAAUUCAUAAAAUAUUAUCAGAGAUAAAUGUGAUUUGUUAUUGUUAGUUUGUCCUCCCUUUGCAGAAAAUACUACCAUAAAGUUUCCUUGAUUAUUCCCUAAUAGGGCCGGUGAGGUGACUCAGCAGGUACAGGCGUUUGCUGCCAGGUCUAUGACAACGUUGGUUUGCAUUCCAGAGACCAGAAGGUGUUGAGAUCAGACUCCCACAGAGCUGUCUUCUGACCUCCACAUGUGGGCUGUGGUGUGUGUGUGCAUGUGCCCACACGUACACACAGAAACAAAACAAAUGCAGUGAAAUUUUUAAAGUAUUCUUUAAUAAAAUAGAGUUCACUAACUUCAUCCUUUGAACAGAAUUCUCUUGUGAAUCAUUGAUGCUUUCCAAGAACUGGAUCAGUGAAAUCCUACUUACUUUUUCUUCUAAUCUUAUGUGUAUGGAUGUUCCGUCUGCAUCUGUGUCUAUGCACCACUUGCAUGCCUGGCUCUCAGGGAUGCCAGAAGAGAGUAUUGGAUCCCCUGAAACUGAGGUUAUAGAGGGCUGUGAGCCACUAUGUGGGUGCUGGUAAUCCAACCCCAGUACUCGGAAAGGUCAGCCAGCGCUGCUAACCACUAGCCUCCGUCCAACGCAGUUACUUUAAAAGAUCCGUUUCUUUGCUCUGACUGUCCGCAUCAGUUCAUAUAAUGUCUUGAGUGCUUUGGACUAUAGAUUUACACUGCACCGUUGGGUCUGAAGUAUGACGAGUAUAUAACGUUAGAAAGUAGAUAAAGGUUGGUAUACUGGUCUCUGCUGUGGUUUUUAUUUUUUCUAACCUUGUCAACCUUGUAGCCCCUCCCACUGCACAGCCUUGCGUGUGCAGUCAUUCUACCCUGAGCUACAUGCAUCCUAAGCUCCUGGUAGAUUUUCUGAACUACACUUCAUUCCUUGCCUUAGGUCUUUUCUCUGGUUUCUAGUGAUUAAAUUCGAUGCUCAGUCUCUCAGAGAGUCCUGUGGCCAUAUGCUGCAUAAUGACAUUUUAGUCAUUUUUAGUUAGGAAACACAUGGCAGCCUAAGGCAGGAGGAUCACAAGCUUAAGACCUGUUUCAGACCUCCUGUCUGUACAGCAAGUCCCAUAGGGUCAUCGCACUUAGUAACAUCAUAGCUAUGCAAUUUGGUGAGUGCGUCCUGUGAUACGACAAAGUGACCCAGUUGCCUAGCAACCCAUUUCUCAAAUGUAUCCUGCUGUUAACCAUGACUGUUAAAAAAUUUUAAAUUGUUUCUAAAAACAACACAUUUAUUUUCAGUUUCCCCGGCUCUCCAAGUUCUUACUGUUGCAUGUAUGCAAUGUGAAGUCCAGUUUCAAUGACUAUUUGAAGAUUGAUGAGAAGUUCUGUAACAAAAACCAAGAAAUCCUAAAAUGAUUUAUAGUUACCCAUCUUGUAUUUUUCUGUUUCUCUAGCUGUUCCUUUCACCCUCAGUUUUGAAAAGCUGGCAGAUUUCUUCCUUCAGCCCUGUCUUACAUCAUUUUCCCAGAACUAAUCUUGUCAGCAGAAGCAUUUACUAUGAAAUCAUUUUUUAAAAGAGAACAACACAAUAGGUUUGGGAUUUUUUUUCGGGAGGUGAUUUUGUUUGUUCCUUUGUUUUCGGGGGUGGGGGCAUCCUCUGAGACAGGGUGUCUCUCUGUCCUGGACUCACUUUAUAGAUCAGGAUGGCCUCAAACUAACAGGUAUCCAUCUGCCUCUGCCUCCGCCUCCAUGAGUUCUGGAAUUCCAGCUGUGUGCCACCAUGCCUGGCUUCACAGUAGGUUUUUAUAUUGAGCUGAGAUGAAUAUGCCUUGAAAAUAAUGUAAGUAUGAGAUUCUUUAAAUCAUAAAAUGAACUCUGGUGUGAAAAUGUCUGCGCUAAGUGUGGUGGCUCACAGUGGAAUCCCAGUCUUUGAGAGACUAAGGCAGAAGGAUUAUAAAUUUAAGGCCAUCCUGUGUUGCACAGUAAAUUCUAGACCAACCUGAGCAACAUAGACUGUGUCAGAAACGAAGUAGAGAGAGGAGGGAAAGGCGCUCAGAGUCUCGAAGUUCUCCUGACAUCAGCUAUUUUUUCUUCUAUAUCCUAGCCGGGAGUUGACACAUCUGAAUUUUUAUCAUUUCUCUUUUUAUAGUAUUCCAGAUCCCCCCAGAACCAUCUAGCUAUUCGAGUUUUAUAUUUGAUUGUUUCUUUGUUUGUUUUAUUAUUUUCUCUAGAGCCUUGCAUAUACUAGGCCACUGCUCUAACUCACCAGGCUUUAGUGUUUUGUAUCAAGUAUCAAGGCCUUGAACUUGCCAUGCAGCCCAGGCUAGCCUGGAGCUUACAGUCCUCCUGCACGGGGCCUCCUGAGUGCCAAGCCUGCAGGCAUGAGCUACCCACCAUGCUUACCAUGUACUUAACACCUAACACCAGCUUACAUCUUUUUUCCCUUCCUCCUGCUCUUUCUUCCUUCAUGCACUUGUGUUUGUGUGUGUCACUAAUGAUAGAACCAGGCCUUUCCUUCAUUAUCCAGACCUCCUGCCACUGAACAGUAUCUGCAGUCCUUAAAUACAGAUACCAACUUAUAACUAAUUUUCUGCUUUUAUUUUCAAUUUCUGGAUUUUGUUCUUGACUUUUAUUUUCUCACUGAAGUCUAAAUUUUUGUUUCAUCAUGAUAAAGAUUCUCCCCUCCAACUUUCAAAGAAAAGUUCACUGACAACUUCAAGCAUCACAUUGGCUUAUUUUGUUUGUAGGAACUAUUAUAAAAGCUAAUUCUUCAAAAUUAAAAAUUUUAAUUAAGAACUUGUUGUUUUCAGCCUCAUUGUGAUGAUGCACGUCUUAUAAUCCCAGCAUUUAGGAGGCUAAACAAGGCCAGAGGAUUGCCAGGAGUUCAUGGCCAGCCUGAGCUACAUAAGACCCUGUCUCCAAAAGAGAAAAUAAAAUAGUUUUUGAUAUUUUAAUCUAAUGGUUAAUUUGGGGUUUUAUAUGAAUAUGUAUUAUGAUUAAUAGUUAUUUCAUUUUCUAUAAUACAGAUUAUUUAAGUCCCAUAUUUAUUUAAGGAGCUGGCUCUUAACUUUCUUGUCUCAGCAGACAACUCUUUGUUGCUCAGUGAUUUUUCUGACAGUCCGGCUCAAGGCUCUCACUGUCUGAAUAGUUGGAAAAUAUUCUCCGAAACAUGUGAAAUUGCUAGCUUAAGGGUUAAAAUGUAACCGUGUGUUAGCAAUUUCACGGUGUGUAUUAAAGGAAAAACCAAACAGAGAUAUUUUAGAACAGAUGUUAACUUUUCAUCCAAGCUCUUCCCAGGCUUCCAGAAGAGGAGAAUACAUAAACUCUUAGGUCAUCUCAAGAGCUCCUACUUUGUCUUGUUGCCCAGUUCCUGCUUUUAAAGAUAUUUUAUCAAUUUGAAGCAAAUGCCUUUGAGAACACUUAAGUUACACAAGUUCUUCACUAAGUCUCUGUUUGAUUUUCAAGCUUUUAUAAACCGACUUACUGUCACAAUGUCAAAGGAGUAGUCGAUAAAUACCAUUUAGAGGCAGAAUAAUCCCCCAGUGUGAUAUGUAGUCCAUUUUUGCUAACUACUGAGUUUAUCCUCUGAUAGACACUGCACAGUAGUGAUUACCAUGUUACAGAGUCAACAUGUUUCCCAUAAGCUUUCGUCUAAAGAUUUCCUUUAUACUUAGAUUUCCGGUUAUGAGAACAAAGUUAUAUGAAUAUAAAUACACAUGUAAGAAUAUUAAACUCCUGUACAGGAAAUCUCCAGUUUUAUGCUCCAAAAAGGUAUAAACUAAGUUAUUUCAUACUCGGACUAAAGUACUCCAUAUUGUUGUGAAUAAUUAAGAUAGCUGCUAGCAAUUGUUACUUGGUACCCAGUACACUCUUAGAGGCACUCUGGGUACUCGGUACUCUUAGAGGCACUCCGGGUGUCUUUGUCUUUGAUGCAUUCUUAUGCUAGAGAAAGGUACUUUGAUUUCUGUGAGCCUUGGUACGCUUCUUCCUAGGCGAUUCCCUCAAGUGAUACCCUGAGUGAGCCCUGCUUUAUCUGACCUGCUCCCCAAAUGCUCACCUUGAAACCUUUCUAGUUCCCUUCUAGUUCCAGCUGUUCUAAUCAGUAUGUCCAAAGUGUGACCUGCCUCAACUGUUAGGAAGUAGGAAAUUCAGACAGUUCAUAUAAAGUUAUUAGUGUCUAUAAUUUUACUGUCUUGCUGAAAGAGAAAACACAUCAACAUUGACAGCUCUGGUCAGAGAUAGAAAUUUUACAGGUGAACACUGUCCAGGCUUGCUCAAAAAAGACCUUCCCUGUUUUCUGUUAACAGUUUUUCAAGGGACAUGGAGGUAGAAAAACUCCUUUUUCAUUCUUCUGAAACUUAACUUUUAAAUAACUGGUACUUAGCAAUUUAGUUUUUAAAAUGCUGUUUUGAACUAAAUUGCUGAGGUGAUUCUAAAUUCUAAAACUCUUACCUUGUUUUAUCAUACAAACAUCUAGUUAGAAAGUGUUUGUGAUAAAGACUUGUAUCUUGUGGCAUUAGUUCUUCAUGUUUCUUCUCCAUACGUCGGCUGAAACUGUUCAUUUCCAGACUGAGUGGAAAGUUGCUGUUGUUGGGGUCUGUGUAGGGCGAGCACACCCAGCGAGAGCAUGGACUGUACUUUCACGGUCGCUGGGCGUGCUUUGCACUCUGCUGUUGUAGAUUUAUUUUGUUUACAGUAGACUGAUGUCAGUUUUGUAAAUGUUUUUCUUAGCACUUUAACUGUGAGUGUAAAAACUGAUUUUAAAUGUAGUGGUUGUAUAUUUUGGUUAUAAAUUGGAAAUUUUUAA